AUGGAGGGCAUUCCACUCGAUGGACAGCACAAACUCUUCAUAACUAACAUUCCAAGCAAGGCUAGAAGGCAGUUGAUCUAUGAGCUGCUCACACACGUGUCAAGGAUCGGCCAUCUUUACUAUAACCAGGACAGGGGAUACUGUUUUGCAAGCUAUAGAACACGUGAGGAGUCGGAGUAUACCUACAAUGUUCUUCGGGGAGUUAAGCUAUAUGGAAGAAGAUUGUAUUUUAGUAAAGUCGAAGAGAAGGUAAGAGUUACCGUCAAGAACAUGGGAAAAGAAAUAGAUGAGGUUUUUCUGUGGGACGUUUUUAGUAAGUUUGGGCCGUGCCAUGUAGAAAUAAAUGGAGACGGCUUCGGCACUGUUGUAUAUAGGAAAAGAGCCUCUGCUAUUAAGGCAGUGGGUUCGGUAAACGGAAAAGUCAUUGGGAACUCAAAAGUAUCUGUGGAGAUCAAUAAAUAA